AUGUCUGGACGCGGCAAAGGAGGCAAAGGUCUCGGCAAGGGCGGCGCCAAGCGCCACCGCAAGAUCUUGCGCGACAACAUCCAGGGAAUUACCAAGCCCGCCAUCCGUCGUCUUGCCCGCCGUGGUGGUGUCAAGCGUAUCUCCGCUAUGAUCUACGAGGAGACCCGUGGUGUGCUCAAGUCCUUCCUUGAGUCUGUUAUCCGCGACGCCGUCACCUACACCGAGCACGCCAAGCGCAAGACCGUCACUUCCCUCGAUGUCGUCUAUGCCCUCAAGCGCCAGGGCCGUACCCUCUACGGUUUCGGUGGUUAA